GCCCUCGGCGGCGUAGCCGACUGCGCGUGCGCACUGGUUGCCGCGGCGACCGGGAAAGCGUUGGACAGCCAACGACGCGGACCGUAGAGUACUAGGGCUGAGUGGUCGGGCCAGGAGCGAGCAUGCACCCCGAAGUCUCUGAGCCGCCUGUGGACAGCGUGGCGGAGCCCAGUCUGGAGGAGUCGGCAGGCGAUCACGGCGACGCGGGGCCAGGGAUCCGCAAAGAAGAAAUUAGUGAGACCAAGGAAACAUGUGUGGGUCCUUGCACAACAUCUUGCCCAAGUCAGCAGCAACCAAGCGGCGACAACGGGUCAGAGGGCCUCUGCACCCACUCGAGAGAUGACAGAGACGAUCGGGGCCCCAGGAUGACGAAACAGUUCCUUCAAAAGCUGUGCAAGCAGCACAAGCUGUACGUCACCCCCGCCCUGAACGACACCCUGUAUUUGCACUUUAAGGGCUUUGACCGCAUUGAGAACCUGGAGGAAUACACGGGCCUGCGCUGCCUCUGGCUGGAGUGCAAUGGCAUCCAAAGGAUUGAGAAUCUGCAGGCCCAGAGCGAGCUGCGCUGCCUCUUCCUGCAAGUGAACCUGUUGCACAAGAUCGAGAACCUGGAGCCCCUUCAGAAGCUGGACGCCCUCAACCUGAGCAACAACUACAUCAAGACCAUUGAGAACCUCUCCUGCCUCCCUGUCCUGAACACACUGCAAAUGGCCCACAACCGCCUGGAGACAGUGGCUGACAUUGAGCACCUCAGGGAGUGUCUGCGACUCUGUGUCCUCGACCUCUCCCACAAUGCGCUGAGUGACCCUGAGAUCCUGAGUGUGCUAGAGAGCAUGCCCUGUCUGCGUGUGCUGAACCUGAUGGGAAACCCAGUGACCAAACACAUCCCUAACUACCGAAGGACGGUCACUGUUCGUCUGAAGCACUUGACUUAUCUGGAUGACAGGCCAGUUUUCCCCAAGGACAGGGCGUGUGCAGAGGCAUGGGCCAGAGGUGGGUAUGCCGCCGAGAAGGAAGAGCGUCACCAGUGGGAGAGCAGGGAACACAAGAAGAUAACAGACAGCCUGGAAGCUUUGGCCAUGAUCAAGCGUCGGGCUGAGGAGCGGAAGAAGGCAAGAGACAGAGGGGAGACACCCCUGACAGACAGCGAAGAGAGUAUCCCCACCAGCCCGGAGGCUGAGGAAAAGCAACCCAUGGGGGAAACCCAGAAGAAGAUGGAGUUGUUUGUAGAGGAGAGCUUUGAAGCCAAAGAUGAACUGUUUCCAGAGACGCCAGGAGGAGAAAAGGAGCUGCAUGUGGUGGUGGUAAAUGGGGCAGUGGAGAAUCCAGACCUGUCUGGGAUCCUGGCUCACAACCAGACACCUGUGGUGGUCACCCCAGAAGAGUCUACAUCUCCAGUGGCAGCUACUGAUGGGGCCAGAACUGAAGACACAGAGGCCACUGCCUUGGAGACCAAGGAGAGGCUUUUCAUCGAUGACCUUCCUGACUUGGAAGAUGUUGAUGGCACAGACGUGUCUGUGGAAGACCAGAUAAAGGAGACAGACAUCCCGAGAAUCCAGGCUAUUUCCAGCUUGAGCGACGACAGUGACCUGGAUGAGUUGUCCCUCCCCAUGGUUGAGGGCAUUGCCACAGGCACCACAGGUGCCCUCUCACACAUAUUUGCCAUCUCCAAGGACGCCUCGACGGCAGCCACGGUGCCUUUUGCAGACAUAUGUAAGCCAACAGCAACAACGGACUUAGAAAGCCAAGGUCAAGACUGUGGUGCGGCGGCCUCACGCCCCCUCAUCCAGGAGCUCGAUGAUGAGCUGGCAGAGGAAGCAUCAAACCAGCCACUGCUGCCCCAAACCUGUGCAAGUGACCCUGCACUUGCCCAGCCUAGUGAUGAUGGAGACAGUGACAGCCAGCUGCCUGCAGCCACUCCGCUAGGAGAUGGCGCAGAGGAUGAAGCACAGUCUUCAGUGCACCCGAAGGAGCCCAGCACCCGGGUAGGCCUGGAAGAUAUUGAAUUUGGCUUGGACUGAACCCCAAAGCAGUCUACACUGUUGGGCUAGCGGUGGCGCAGUGGACGCAGGGCACCCUCUCCCGUGCAUCACUGUGCUAUUGAGCCUGCAAGGCAGGUGCUGUGAAGCUACACCAGUGUGCCUUGUACCCAACACGUCGGUAUCCCCUGAUUACAGACCCCACAAGAACAUAAACACUUUAAGACG